GCGCAGCUGCUGGCGCUGAGGAGGAGGAAGUGCAGUGCAGUGCAGUGACUGUGCGUCUCUUACUGAACCAUACAGACGCGCAGGAACAUGCCCAUCAUCUGAAGAUGCCUCCUAAAAGAGUGUUUCCCAGGCAGGAAUCUCUCCUGCUCCCAGCUGUGGUCAAUCCCUUCCGCCUGGACUCUAAACUGAGCAAAUGCGACAAAAUCAAAUGCUUUCUUCUGGGAAUCAUCCUCGUGCCACUGCGCUCUGUCUUCCUCUUCCUGGUUCUAAUGGUAGCAUGGCUUGUUUCUACCCUAAUCACAUUCAAGCGUCCUCUCAAAGGAGAAGUGGAACCUUUCACAGGCUGGAGGAGCUUUCUGUGUCAUAGAGUGAUGGCGGUUCUGGGUCGACUGUGUUUCUAUGCAAUGGGCUUUCGCAUUAUAGUCAAAGGGAAACAGGCCACCAGCAGCGAGGCUCCAGUUCUAGCUGUUGCUCCUCAUUCUUCAUUCUUUGACUCGAUCACUUGCAUCAUAUCAGGCAUGCCAUCUGUGGUGUCCCGCACUGAGAAUCUACAUCCUCCCAUGUUUGGCCGAUUUCUGCGCUGCCUGCAGCCUGUUGUUGUCUCACGGGAGGACCCAGACUCUCGCAAAAUCACAAUCACGGACAUCAACAACCGGGCCAGAUCUGAAGGCCGCUGGCCACAGUUGCUGAUUUUCCCCGAAGGAACAUGCACAAACAGAUCCUGUCUCAUUACUUUCAAACAAGGUGCUUUUUUACCAGGGGUCCCUGUUCAGCCAGUGCUUAUCAGAUACCCCAACAAAGUGGAUACAGUAACAUGGACAUGGCAAGGCCCUUCAUUUCGGGCCCUGAUUCUCCUCACCCUCUGUCAGCUCUACACAACAGUGGAAAUUGAGUUCCUUCCUCCAUAUAUUCCCAGUGAAGAAGAGAAAAAUAACCCUGUAAAAUUUGCACAGUCUGUGAGAAGUCAAAUGGCAGAGUCUCUGAGAGUGCCCACAACAGAUCACACUUUUGAGGACUGUCGGCUGAUGAUAUCAGCAGGGCAGCUGACUCUGCCCAUGGAGGCUGGGCUAGUGGAGUUCACCAAGAUCAGCAAAAAACUUAAUCUGAAAUGGGCCAACAUGCAUAAGGAGCUGGAGAAUUUUGCUGCCAUCGCCCACUCAUGCAAAGGAGGUCGAAUUAAGAUUGAGGAGUUUGCUAGUUUUCUCAAGCUGCCCAUCAGUCCUGUGCUUCAGGAGCUUUUUGCUCUUUUUGACAGGGACGGAGAUGGCACCAUUGAUUUUAGAGAAUAUGUCAUUGGUAUGACAGUGUUGUGUCAACCAGCGAACACAGAUGAAGUCAUCCAGACAGCAUUUAAGCUUUUUGAUGUAGACGAGGACAACAGCAUCACUCGAGAUGAGUUUGCCAGCCUGCUACGCUCCACUCUCGGUGUCAGCGAUCUUGACGUCACCAAACUCUUCAAUGAGAUUGAUAUUGAUGGAUCAGAUCAUAUCACAUAUGAUGAGUUUCUCUCCUUUGCUUACACUCACCCCGAAUAUGCUAAGCUCUUCACAACAUACAUCGAGUUCCAGCGCUACCAGUGCUUCCAGGGAGAAGGACCCAUCUCACACCUCACUUUCUCCUCGAUGAGUCCCCCCAGUGAGCAGCAGGAAGAGUGUAACUCAGACAAGAAAGAUGACUAAGCGCCUUAUAUCAUGGUAUAAGCACUUUAUAUCAGGAGUGAAGCAAUAUCGAUUACACUGUGAGGCAAACAGAAAAGCAGAUUUCUGCUGCCACAAAGCAGCUUGAGAGAAAUAAUAUUUAAAUUCCAGAAAUAAAUUUUGCAUAUAUAAAUUUAUCCCUAAUGAGCACGGUAGAGGUGACAGUGAUGAGGAAAAACUCCCUGAUAUGACUUGAGGAACAAAUCUUGAGAAGAACAAGAUUCAAAAGGGAAUCCAUCCUCAUCUUGGUGACCUUGGAUAAUGCAAUUAUAAAUAACUAUACUGUAUAAACAAAAUAUAUGCACACACCCCCCCCCCCCCAAUUUUAGAUGAUGUUACAACUCGCUUAACUUUUAUUAAAAGCAUACAAAGACUGA